GCGAGCCUCGAUACCCGCUUCAUAAAAACUCCCCCGAGAUUACCCGACACACUUCGACACAUCACUACUGUUACGUUCAUUAAAAAUAUUGAAGUUUAAAUCUGAGGAAGAUGCAGGAUGAUGCACGUUAUCUCAAACGGUCAGUCAUAACCAAAGUGACUGUGGGCGGUUUGGACGUCCAUCCCACAGAGAAGGCCCUUGUAGUCCACUAUGAGGUGGAGGCAUCUAUCCUUGGAGAGAGUGGAGGACAUAUGCUUGGAGAACGCAAGGAGGGACAAAAAAUUAUCCGCAUGAAAAGUCUUUCUCCUAGUACAGAUGUGGGAGCUUUGGCAAAGAAAGUGCUGGAGGAGUGUAAGAUGAUCCCUGCUUCCCGUCUGCCCCAGGUGGAGCAGCUCCUGUACUACUUGCAGAACAGGAAAUCAUCCCCAGUGGAGAGCAAUGUGGAAAAAAAAGAAAAAAGAACAGUCAAGCCCAAAGAAUUGACACCAUUUGAAGGCAUAGAGUUAAAUGAGGAGGCUAGUAUAACUAGAGUGGAUGAGUAUAUUGAACUGCUCUAUGAAGGGAUUCCAGAGAAGAUCAGAGGCUCAGCUCUCAUCCUGCAACUUGCCCGUAACCCUGAUAACCUGGAGGAACUACUGCACAAUGAGACAGCUCUUGGUGCUUUGGCCAGAGUACUAAGGGAGGAUUGGAAGCAGAGUGUAGACCUAGCCACCAUCAUCAUUUAUAUAUUCUUCUGCUUCUCCAGUUUCUCCCAGUUUCACGGGGUGGUGAGUCAUUAUAAAAUAGGCGCCCUGUGUAUGAGUGUGGUGGAACAUGAAUUGAAGAGAUACGACGCGUGGCGUGAGGAGCUACGCAAGAAAAACAAGGCCUGUGAGUCCGCACCAGAGAAUGGCUCCCUGAGACGAGACCAGGACAAGGCUCUCAGAAAAUACCAUGGCCUUUUGGCUAAGCAGGAACAGCUGCUCAGAGUGUCUCUUUACCUCUUGCUGAACCUUGCUGAGGAUACGAGGACAGAACUGAAGAUGAGGAAUAAAAACAUUGUUGGCUUGUUGGUCAAAGUUCUUGAACGUGAUGAUGAGGAGCUGCUUGUCCUGGUGGUUUCUUUCCUUAAAAAACUCUCCAUCUUUCUUGAGAAUAAGAAUGACAUGGCUGAGGUGGAUACAGUGGAGCGGUUGGCUCGCCUGGUUCCCUGUAAACAUGAAGACUUAUUAAACUUGACUCUACGUUUGCUGCUCAACCUCUCCUUUGACUCUGGACUUAGAGCCAAGAUGGUAGAAGUUGGCCUGUUACCUAAACUCACUGUCCUGUUAGGGGAUGAGAACAACCGACAGAUGGCAAUGCGUAUCCUGUACCACAUCAGUAUGGAUGACCGGUUCAAGGGCAUGUUUGUUUACACUGACUGCAUACCACAGCUAAUGCAAAUGCUGUACGAGCAUGGUGAGGAGGAAAUUGAAACUGAGCUCAUCUCCAUCUGCAUCAACCUGGCUGCAAACAAGAAGAAUGCACAACUCAUGUGUGAAGGAGAUGGAUUGAAGAUGCUCAUGAAAAGAGCUCUGAAGAUGAAAGACUGCCUCCUCAUGAAGAUGAUCAGAAACAUCUCACAACAUGAUGGCCAAACCAAAUCACUGUUCAUAGACUAUGUUGGUGACCUGGCAGCGGAGAUUAAAGAAGAGGAAGAAGAGGAGUGGGUUCUGGAGUGUCUGGGGACUCUAGCCAACCUCACCAUCCCUGACCUGGACUGGGAGUUGGUGCUGAAGGAGUAUAAUCUAGUACCUUACCUUAAAGACAGACUUAAACCAGGUUCAGCAGAGGAUGAUCUCAUCCUGGAGGUGGUCAUAAUGAUCGGAACGGUAUCCAUGGAUGAUGCCUGUGCCGUCAUGUUAGCUAAAUCUGGCAUUAUUCCUGCACUUAUUGAGCUACUGAACGCCCAGCAGGAGGACGAUGAGUUUGUAUGCCAGAUUGUCUACGUCUUCUAUCAGAUGGUGUUUCACCAAGCUACACGAGAUGUGAUCAUCAAAGACACCCAGGCUCCAGCUUACCUCAUUGAUCUGAUGCAUGACAAGAAUGCAGAAAUUAGAAAAGUGUGUGACAACACCCUUGAUAUUAUUGCUGAAUAUGACGAAGAGUGGGGCAGGAAAAUUCAGUCAGAGAAGUUCCGUUUCCACAACAACCAGUGGCUGGAGAUGGUUGAGAGUCGGCAAGCAGAUGAGUCUGAGCCUUAUCUUUAUGAUAACGACAAUGACCGGACUGAUCUCUUCUACAGUGCAGAUGGAAUAACUCCAGGAGAUGGCUCAGUCAGCCCAGACUUCUUCAGUGACCUGCAACCGCAGAAUGGAGACUCGCACCAUGCAGGAGACGCUGGCGAUGUUUUCGACCAGACCAGCUCAUCACCUGCACGACCAGCCACGGCCUAUGGCUUCAGACCCGAUGAGCAGCCCUUUUAUCAGUACUCAUAGACACUUUGAGUCUGCUUUGUUCACAUCGUCUUUGAUCCAUUCCUCUCCACCAAGUGCAUAUUCACACAUUAUCUACAACUCCACUCUCAUUGUUUAAUUUAUUAAAGUGACAGCCCCUUGCAGUGUAGCAUUUCAUAUGCCUCAUCUUGACAUAUUAAGAAUAGUUGUAGUUAUUCAGACAGUGCUUUCAAAUGCUGAAAUUAAUAAUACAGACCACAUUAACACUGCAGAUUGCAUACAAUUUUCACUUAGCUAUUUCAUCUAUUUACAGUCAUCUCAAGCAGAACUAGUUACGUCUUUCUUUAAAAUUUGCUGCUGUAUGUUGGUAAGUUUUGCUUUUCUUUUUUUCUUAUGUGAUAAUUAAUUUAUACAAAAAUAUUCCACGCCGUUAUUGAACUGUUUGAGAUCCUUCACUUUGGCUCCUCCAUAACCAUGUCAACAUGUGACAUUUAUUUAAUGAGUUUACAGCAUGUUUCUUUUAUCUAUGUCACUGUAAAAUGGGAACAUUGUAAUUACAACCUAGGGUGCUUUCACACUGGCCAGCUAGUCUGGAUCUCCACAAAAAGACUUCGUGGAUAGGUUUCAGUUCAUGUUAAAUGUUGCAUAAGUAAAUUUGUGACUGUUAAAAGGUCCAAGUUGAUGUAGGAGCUGAAUGCUGACCAACAGAUAAAAGCCUGGUGCCUACAUUACCUGCAGGGCAGUGUAGUUGCUGACAGUUUGUUCAAAUCAUUCUGUGAUCCGCUGGUAUAGCCUCAAGUCUGCAGCAGAGAGGAGAGCAGGCUAUAGUCUGCUGAGCCGCAUUGACAUUUUUUUUUUAACUGUAAAAUUCUUCAGCUCCUUAAGUGAAAUUCUAUGUUAGCAUUAUUAGAAAUUAGGAAACUGCAAAGGCUUUAAACACCUGUCCCCCCGCCCCCCUUGUUUUGUUUUUGUUUUUUUAUAUUGAUGUGCAAUAGUGAAGUGCUGCCUGUUUCCAUCUCUGUUACUACAAGCUGAAAAAUAAAAUUUCGUCAUGUCUUU